UAACUGUAAAAUAUGUUAGUUAGUAUAAGUCAUGUAAUUCUUCCAAAAUUGGGAUUUGGAGUUAUAUUAUUUUAGAACAAAAGACGACAGAGGUCCGUGGCACUGUUCAUGAUACAAUCUAAUGAGUGUAAUAUUGGAGCCAUCUUCUAUUGCUCGGCACAUCCCAUUUCAUUCCUAAUUCGACGUCAAGGAAAGUCAUUUCUUGCUUUAAAAUAUUGGUUACAUUCUUGAUAUUAGUGGAUCAAUGUAUAGAUAGGUGACUAUAAAUCUAAUUUGAUUUAAAAUUUUCUCAUUAACUGCACAGAUAUUGACUUGACUGGAAGGAUGGAACAUUAAUAAACAGCAAGGACUACUUAAAGCAAUGUCGGACGGAUUUCCUGGUAUGACGGACGAUACUAGGUCCAGGAUAAAGGAAACAUGGAACAGAUUUUCAGAAAAACAAGAAGACAUGUAUGAGCUUGGUAUACCAAUGUUUGAAAAGUUAUUUGAACUGAAACCUGAGACAAAGAAACUAUUUCAUUUUGACGAGAGUAACCCAGAAAGGUGGGCAAAAGUAAAGGCACAUGUCAAACUAUUAUUUGAUACAAUGGGCUUUUCUAUUAGUAUGAUUGAUGAUCAAGCAUCAGUGACACCAAUAAUUGUAGACCUAGGUACAAGACAUUUUUACUAUGGAGUAAACCAGAAUUUCUACCUCGUAUUUGGUGAAUGCCUUGUUCAUGCAAUUACCAAAGCUCUUGGUGAAAGCUUUACCGAAGAAGAUAAGACAGCAUUUAUGACAUUCUAUCACUGGAUUGGUGGAUGUAUAGUGAAAGGAAUGUCAAUGGAAUCUCUCAGAAAAUAAACAAAAAAUGAUAUUAAAUUAACAGGACCCUUCCGUUUGAUAUUAAUCUAUGAUAGCAAUACAAAGACUUCAUUAUUACCUUAUAAUCAUUGUAUAAUAAUUGAUUACCUUCAAACAGUUUUAUAUAUAUAUAUAUGACCCCUCUAACAAGAAAUU